AUGAAGAUCCUCUAUAUGGGCAUUCUCCGCAACGAUGCUCAGCCAGCUCUCCAGCUCUGUGCCGAGAAAGAUCUCAGCUCGUUCUCCCGUUUCACUCGUAACAACUAUGCGGAGUUUCUCUUGCUCUUCUGCCGCACGGUCGCCGAACGCACGAAGCCUGGACAGCGCCAGGACGUCGAGGAGAAGUCAUACACAUUCCACGCAUACGGCCGGUCCGAGGGUGUGGCCGGUGUGAUCGUUACCGACGGGGACUACCCUGCCCUGGUUGCUCACCAACUCCUUUCUAAGAUCGUCGACGAAUUCCUUGCGAAGCACCCCCGUACAUCGUUCUCGGGCCAAUCUCUGAGCGAGGAUGCUUGCCCCCUGCCACAGCUCAAGGAAUACAUUGUCAAGUACCAGGAUCCCAAGCAGGCCGAUAGCAUUAUGAAGAUUCAGCAGGAGUUGGAUGAGACCAAGAUUGUGUUGCACAAGACUAUCGAGAGUGUUUUGGAGCGUGGUGAGAAGAUUGAUUCUUUGGUGCAGAAGAGUGAUGGACUGUCUGCACAGAGUAAGAUGUUCUAUACUCAGGCCAAGAAGCAAAACUCUUGCUGUACUUUGAUGUAA